UCUGAUGGGAAAAGUCGUGAAGCGUGUGAGCGGGAAGUGCGAGAAAUUAAGGAGCGCAUGAAUAAGUGGACUUGGCCAUGGCGCGCUGCGAAUAUACCAGAAAAUCUGGAGGAUAUUAACUCCACCAUGAUGCAAAUUAGAGAAAGUCUCAGUGAAUCUGAAGAAAUUAUCAACGCCAGCAGAGAGGCACACAAGAUUGUUCUUGAGCUUGUGCUUCCGCUCAUACCAAAUACUCGCCAGAGUGUCGCUAACCAGCUACGGGAGAUCAAUGCCAAGAUUGUAGGAAAUGACGAAUCCACCGCCCAAUUGCGUCAGCAGUUGAAGGAAUGGACUCGGCGCAAAAGUCUUCUCAAGGCCUCUAAUGAAAAGAUAAUGAAUGUGGAAUUGGAACUACGCCGGGCUGUGUAUAGUAACUCGCUGCUGUCGGAGAGGAAUUUUGUUUUCUCUCUUGCUCUGAUUGCCAGGGCACGUCUGGGACAAAACACAGGAAUUGAAAUUGUGGAUGUGGUCACGGGCCUUGGGACAUGUGUCUCGCUCACCGCCGCUCAGGAGGCGGAGUUGAAAGAAACCCUCUCCUACCCGCUUGGAAUCACUCUGCUGACCGUCGGUAGCGUCGGUUGGGUGAUGUUGGAAGCACGUGCCUUUUGGUUGAAGCGGGUGCGGAAGUCAUUGGCUUCUUUGCAGCGUCCGCCUGACGUGGGCGGCCAUCCGCGUAGGCAAGUUUCUUUUGUGCGUCUCUGUCUCCGAGUGAACUUGCUGCUGGAGGCGAUGGUCCCGUUAGUAGUCCCAUCAUUUCUUCUUUACACUGCAGUUAACAACAAAAAAGGGGAGGUUUCUCUCUAUUCCAUUCUUCUUUUUUCAAGGCCGGCACAACGGCUUGCAAUGUUUGGGGUGGCAGUUGCGUUCUGCAUCCUGAGCAUCAUCGUGUCGUCACUGGUGGGUGCGCUGUACAGGUAUGCGUCGGCCUCGUCGCCGCGGCGGAAGGUGAAAAAUAAUUGA